UCAGCGAUCAAUCAGCAUGGCUACUGAAGUGGGCCUAGACACACUCAUAGAGGCUUUGAAAGAACUGAUCAGAUUUGGUACAAAAUCUUUAGAAAAUGUAGAAAAGGACGUCGCCAAAGGUGGUUCUUUGCAAGAAAUUGUCGAUAAGAAAAUUCGUCCUUUAUUUGGUCUGAUGUCAGCUGGUGCCAAGUUCUUUAACAGUCUGGGUGUGAAAAACCAAAAGGAAGCAGAAAAUUUAUGGGAACAGUUUUUUCAAAACACUGAUGUUCGAGAUAAUGUUGAAGGCUUACUACAACUGGAAGUGGAGUGGGAUAGUUUUUUGAGACGUCUGGAUGUUCAGAUGCAAAUGAGCGACACCGUUCUUUCCCAGUGUCCUGCAGCCCAGACGCUCAGCUCAGAUACACAGUUUAUACACGUCCAGACUAAAGAGAAUGUGUCUCUGGGUCAGUACUUGGGGAAGGGAGAGAAUCUCCUCCUUGUGUUGCUCCGGCAUUUUGGAUGACAGCCAUGACGAGACCACCUGACUGAGCUGAAGAACGGCAAGGUGGAGUGGGAUAGUUUUUUGAGACGUCUGGAUGUUCAGAUGCAAAUGAGCGACACCGUUCUUUCCCAGUGUCCUGCAGCCCAGACGCUCAGCUCAGAUACACAGUUUAUACACGUCCAGACUAAAGAGUGA